GCUUCGGUGGCUCCGCGAGCAGGUGCUCACUGGGGUCCAGGCGCGCAUCUCUGUCCUCUCAGCUGCCGUCCCGCACAGGAUCAAGAUCAAGGUGGUGCUCGACCUUGCGGCAGCGCUUACCUCACCUUCGGCUCGGGCGCUUCUCCUCUACACGAUCGUUGUGUUUGAUCGCAUGGUGGGCAUGCUGGUCGCGGUGGAUCGGGGGCAGAGGCACUCGUAUGGGAAGAAGGAG